AAGCAAUCAAUCAUCAUCUUUAUAUAAAUAAAUUUCCGAGUUCCAAUUAAUUAUACAAAUCAAGAUUUUGAAAUAAAAAUAAAAUGGGUGCGUCAUCAUCGACAGAACAAGGAGGAUCGCCAGAGCAACGUGAAGCUGAAUCAUUAGCUGCAUCAACCGGUGCCCUUACUCUUCUUCAGAAGUCUUUUUCAAAUCUUUCUGAUUCUCAAACUCAAUCCAUUCCCAUUACUUCUUUACAGGAAUACUUUGAAUUAUCUAUCGAUUAUCAAAGUUGUGAAGCAUCCUUCAAACCAGAAAACUUUCCUGCAUUACUGAGUCAUUUAGGCCAUUCAAUCGUUGAUCAGUUUUUCACAGCAGAAAAAGGCGGUCUAAAUUGGAUUGCAUUCUUGAAUGGCUAUACCAAAUGCUGUGGGCGGAUGCCAACAUCAAACGCAUUGAAUAAUUUGUUAAGGUUAUUUCAAAUAGCAACUGUGAAGUCGGGAGCCACAACAGGAUUGCAGGUUGAGUCUAGUGACGAGGAUUUAAAGAUAAACGGGUAUCUACUUCCAGCUGAUUUGUUGAUGCUUCUUUGGAUGUGUUGGGUUAUGUCUUGGAAUUCUAGCAGUUUGACGUUAUCCAAAGGGAAAGGAAAAUUUGGUCUUCCGGAUAUAAAUAAUUUAGUAUUAUCUGCUGUUUCUUCGUGUGCGGAAGGUGGUGCAGAAUUAAAUAUAUGGGAUGACAAUCUUUUAGGCUCUGAUAUACAACUUCCAGUAGGGAAGCUUCAUGUGUGGGUACUGAAAACCGUUCCCAACCUUCCUGAUUGCUUGGUGCAGUUCGUUCAUUCUAGACUUUCAAACUCUGUGUCUCAACAGGACAAAUUGGAACCAGCCUCCUCAUCCACCAGCGAUCCUGGCUCAAUAGCACACUCCAAUACCUAUCUUCUGACUUCUGGCAGGGCAUGGUCAAUAUCCCUUACCUUAAGAAGUACAAUGCGUGAGGAAAUUUUAAAAACAUGCUUUGCACCUGAUGUUAAUGAAGUUAAAGAAAACAUUCUAUAUAGGUCUUCUCUUCAUGGCAAAGGUUUGAACAGGUUUUGGUCAAAUGUAGAAGGGUAUAAUGGUCCGAUACUUAUGCUUAUCUCUGCUAAAUUGGAAGACCGUAGUUGCAUAAUUGGUGUACUUACCCACCAGGCUUACGAGAACAAAGAUACUUUUUAUGGAACAUCUGGAAGUCUAUAUGCUAUAAGUCCUGUCUUUGAUCAUUUUACGUCUUCAGCAGGUAAAGAGAAGAACUUUGUAUACAGUCACUUGCACUCACCUGGUUAUGAGGCAAAACCAAAGCCUGUGGGAAUUGCUUUUGGAGGAUCUAUAGGAAACGAGAGAGUUUUAAUAGAUGAAGACUUUUCUAAGCUUACUGUCAGGCAUCAUGCAUAUGACAAGACGUAUCAACCUGGUGCCCUAUUUCCAAAUCAAGGAUACCUGCCUACUGAGGCUCAAGUAUUUGACGUGGAAGUAUGGGGAUUAGGAGGGGGAAAGACGAAGGAAUUUCAAAAUUCAUUCCAGAAGAGAGAAGAACUUUUCACUGAACAAAGGCGAAAGAUCGACUUAAAAACUUUCACCAAUUGGGAAGACUCACCUGAGAAGAUGAUGAUGGAUAUGGUGUCAAAUCCUAGUGCUGUUCAGCGUGAAAAGAGAUAACUCAGAUGUGCUUUGAGUGAAGGGGUCAAUUAUUUUAUAUUGUACAAUUGAAUAAAAACUCUUGGAUAUGGUCUUAAUACGAAGGUUAAUCGGCCUUUUUGCUGCUUCUACCUUUUUACAAUGAAGUGAAAUGGAAGGGUAUAUAUUACAUUUAUUUUUCUUUGUAACGGUACUCAUUUCUAUCUUUCACAAAUUACAAGAAAUAUAAGGAGGGGAGAUGUAAACAACCUUACCCCCUUUGUUUCCAAAGGAGAGGGCUUUUUUUUUUAGUUCCAACUCAUCGUGCUUGUUGGAAGUGUGUAUCUUACAUGUAUAUGUAUAAUUCUAAAAUGAAAUUCUGCAACUAAUACGUAGAUAUUUGUUUCGUGUUAAA